AGCCGGAAUUGAAAAGAUCGAUCUAAAAUCGACCACUCCAGUUGUCUAUUUUUCUUGUGAAAAUAAUGAAUAACCAAAAUAUUGAAUGAUAGCGGAAAUGAAAGAGAUAAAAUAUUUCGCUUGUUAAGAAUUGUUUUGGUACUCAACCAUGGUCAAAACCCGAAUGCUGUCCAAACAUUGCCCAAGCUGUGAUCAGCAAACAGCUAUAGCUUCCAAACGUUGUGUUUGUGGAUAUGCAUUUAAUGGACGUCAAAACAAUGCAGCGUAUAUUCCACCUGCUUCUGUGGGUCGCCCAAAAUCUGGGAAAAAAGGAAAAUCUGCAGAAACACGCAAGACAGCAGCAAAUGCUGUUCUAGCAGCUAACCCUCAAGUUCAACGUCGUCGUACAGGACGAGUUCGGCGAGAGAAACCGAAUUAUUAUGAUUCGUUGCAAUACGAAAAAAAGAAGAAAAAAACGAAGAAAUCCACGAGAUCAUCAUUAUUCAAGGGUAAAGAAGCUAAACCGUCUCAGUUAAUCGCAGCAAAAGAAACACAAGUGGCUCGCGCUAACAGACAUGCUCAACGCAGAGCAAAAAAGGAAGAAAUUGAUGGUGGAGGAGAUUUAGCUGCCAAGCUUCCAAUUGACAAGCAAGGAAUUGCUGCUCUCAUUCUAUCAGAGAUAAACCGAAAAAUUGGUUCAGUUGUGUGGAAACAACCGUGAUUCAUAAUUAAAUGUCAUGAAUAUAUGAUUAAUAUUGGCAGAUUCAACACGAAUUUUCGGUACACAUUGAA